GUCAUCCUGGAGGUAAGUGGGCAGUGGCCUUGCAGCUCCUUGGAGAUUCGGCCGGUGACUUGAUUGCUGUCUCCGGGGCCAUUGCUGCCGCGCAGUGGGUGCUGGCCGUAUGCCUUCUCAGUAAAAUGAAUCCCGCGGCCCUUAUCCCCAACACGAUUGUCUUCAAUUCGGCCUUGAAUGCUUGUGAGGAGUUUGGUCUCUGGCAGCGUGCUGCAGCGCUGCUUCAUAACAUGUCGGCCUCGACGGUGCUGACUGACGUCAUCAGCCUUACCUCGGUUCUACGUGCCUGUGAGAGAGGAGGUCGCUGGCGCCUUGCCCUGUCCAUGCUCUUCAUCAUGCGCCAGGAAGCAGUUCUGCCAAGUGCAGUCACUUAUGGCUGUGUUCUCAAUGCGUGUGAGUUUGCGGGUGUGUGGCAAAUGGCGCUGUUGCUGCUUGCUGAGAUGGUUGCGAAGUCAUACCAGCCCAACAAUAUCAUCUUCAACACGGUGCUCAGUGCCUGUGAAAAAGCUUGCCAGUGGCAGUGUGCGCUGACUCUCCUUAUGAACAUGAAGGAGUUUCAGGUGCAGAAAGACGUGAUCAGUGCCAAUGCUUUGGUGAGCGCCUGUGGUGCUUCAGGGGCAUGGAUUCUGGCCUUUACUUUAGACAAGCGCCGACCAGUAGAGUAG